UGUGAAACGCACAGUGAGAAGUCAUUGCGCCACUAACGGCACCAUAAAGAGACGCACAAUACAACCAAACGGCGGGUAGCUUCACCACCCCCAGUCGGCUCGUGCGGAAGAACAACACUUGACAAUACAACUACAGCAUCCACAGGAUACGUUCCCGGACGAGUUCAAUCGCCUCACACGGAGCGCAUCAUGGAAGAAGAAGGAGCCCCUGUAGCAGGCGAGGUGGAGACCCCUCCUUUUGCUGCAGAGACUCAUGCUGCUGAGUCCAUGGCUGCAGACAUGGACCCUUGGAUUGUGUUCGAAUCGAGAAAGACUCCCAGAUCCGAGUUUGAUGGCUGGCUGGAGAGCAACGGUCCCUCACAAGUGAACAGAUUUGGUGAUGAGGAAAGUGGCGUUAGUCCUGUGGGGUGGAUUGCUGUGGAGGGCCUGAACCACUGCCCCAGCACUGGGGAUGUCACGGGUCUCCAGGAGAGCUGGGAGAAACUUUUGGCCAGCGGCCGGCCUGUCAGCUUUCAGACAGUGAAGGAGCUGGCCCUGAACCACGGAGUGCUCACGGGCAAAUGGCUGAUGCACUUGGACUCUGGUUUCAAGGUGGACCACGCCUGGGAGUGUGUGGCCAGAGCAACCCUGGAUGGCAAAAUCUCCUACGUUAAAGUCAGUCCCCAUAAUCCCAAGGGGGACGGCAAGCAUGUCAUUUGUGCCUAUAACCAGAACUUCACUGACGAGAGCGAGGUCAUAAGGCUGGACAACGUCAUCCGGGCCACCGGGGUCAAAUGCUCCCUCAGCUACAAGCCGGACGUGUACACAUACCUGGGAAUCUACCGAAACAACCGCUGGAAACUGUGUCCAACCAUUUAUGAGAGCAAAUUUGACCUCGAGCGUGUACCUCGGCGUUCCCACAUUGUCAACAAAGUCACCAAUCUCGAAGUAACAUAAGCCUGUUAAGAACAAGAUAGUUUUGGAGAACGGGUAAAUGAAUUGGCACUUGGCAAUCCUAUGAUUUGGGUUGUGCAGUAAAUCUCACUGGCUGAAAAGGGUUUUGAAAGUCAGCAGUUGAAUUUUGAUCUCAAGUUCUUCCUUUUGGCAGCAUUUCAUAAUUUCAGUCUGUAAUAUUUCCUAAGUGACCUAAACUCUUUAAACUUUUUUUAAAUUUGUUUGUAUUCAUAAGUGAAAUUAUGUGUUCUUGAUGUUCUGUUAACUUACCUGAUGGCUAAAGAAAUCCUUGAAGGGAAUCUUUUAUUUCUUUUACAAUUUACAUUUGUUGUUUUGGUUUGUGUGGAACCACCAUAACGGAGCUGCCAAAUAAAUUCAACUUUUGAAGACA